AUGGAUGUCUGCGCUAACUUUGCGUCACAUCUCUCAUCUACUUGUGAUGAAUUACGAUCUCGUAUUCAAAAUAAAAGUUAUACGAUGGAUACAUAUUUUUUGCAAACAGCUAUUGAUUGUAUUUUCAACGAUAUGCGCAUUGAUCUUUUGUCAGUAUUGCCACAGUCAGGGAUAGUCGAUUCUGGGGAGGAGUAUAAUCGAGUCAUUGAAUUAGUUGAUACAAAUUCUGUCGUAUUCAAGUUGUUGUUGGAAUCAGAUGUGGAAAUGUUUGAAUACUUCACCAAAUCAUUCUGCCAACAUUUGGAGCGUACUCGGUGUAAUUUUCCGUUGGAAGUAGUACAAGAUAGUGCUUAUAUGAGGCUUCUUUCUGACUACGUUUGUUUCAUGUUGCCAGUAAAUGAUCAAAAGGCAAUAGAUGUAGCUAUUAAAGAACAUCGAACUGAAAAUGCAAUAAAAAGCACUUUUAGUACGCCACUCAAUCUCUUUAAAGAGGAAGCUUUGAGACGAUAUGCAAUUUGUCCUUCAUCGCAUUCCAUCCGUACGUUGCGUACUAUUGCGCAAUCUGUUUCACCAAAUUUUUUAAUAUUUAUUUGCAUCAUUGUUCGUUCUUACUGUUCCUUAUCAAACUGGCCAACUGACUAUCGUUUCAUCGCUUUGAGAUUUGUGCUCCGGGAAAUUCAUGUUUUCGCAUUUACUCAAUCCGAAGAUUUAAAUUUAUCGCAAACUAAGCUCCAGUUGCAGUGGAAUGUUCCGUUUACCGAUGACCUUUUCAAUUUUUUCCUAUCGUUAUUUAAUCGUUGGCCAUCAAAUCCAUCGUUUACCUGUCUCUUUGACGUAUGGGUUACGUGGAUCAGACCAUGGCGCUAUUGUGGAGGGGAUCUUCAGCGUGUGAUGCCCUUUAUUCGUUAUAAUCGUCGUUAUUAUGUUGAACUAUCAGAUGCAUUUUGGCGGCGUAAUUUCCCUUUAGAAUGUACGUUAGAUGUGGAAAAUUUAAUUUCUUACAUCUGCGUUUUGACGUCUCAGGAUAUGCUAGAGGUAUAUGACUGUUUAGAUUAUGAUCUAGAAUCACACAUACUCGCUUUAUUUAAGUUAAUGAAGAGAUGCGCAGAUAAUCUACAUUUGACAAUAAAUAAAAGUGAAGAACGAUUGAAGAAAACAAAUUGGUUACAGCGCACGUUUUUUUACAGCGCAUCUGAAAUGAUUUCAGAGGAUGUGAUGCUUUUAUCAGAGCAAAAAAAGACUUUGGAAGCUUUGAAAAAAAUCAUAACGAAUGCAAACCGAGCUGUAUUGAAUUCAACCAGUAGUGAAGUGCAGUAUGAUUUAGCCAAUAAUAAUGAAGAUAAUAGAUUUGAUACAGCUCUGUGUGAAGUAUCCUCUGUUGACAAAGGUAGUUUUCAUUCACACAGUUCAUUCAACUCAUCAUCUAGUUUCCGGAAGCAAAUUCCUGAUUAUUACGUUGAUCCAAAGACGAAACUGAUGUACCUUACUUCUAAAGGAAGAAAACAGGUACAUUUUCUUAGGUUAUUAGUAAGAGAAUGUGCAGUUCUACGGGGGACGCAUCGUUUCGACUAUUCAAAUUGUUUCAAAUCUACGCCACCUAUUAUUGCACCUCUUCGUUCAAAUGAAGUUUGGUGGCUGUCGAAAUUUCUAUAUCAGUUUUCUCGUGCGCUUAAUCAAACGAAAUUUAUCCAAAACCUUUCUCAAUGUUAUGAGGAUUCCACACUAACUGGUUUUGUUGCUAGAUUUGUACUUGAUCCGGAAUAUCCUCGAGUUUGUGUCCCAGCACAUUCCACUUUUAUUGCAUUUCAGAAACCAUGCCUUAAUUUGCGUUAUCUUGCAUUCUAUCGUAAUUUAAUACCACUUUGUAUUUUUUCGAUGUUAUUGCUGUUUCUUCCGUUUUGUUAUUGCUCGAUAGCUUUGUUGGUCAUGAUGUUGUAUAGCAAAUUAAUGCUCUGA